CAGAGCGGCCGAAGGAUGACAGGCGAGGAGGGAAAGCGCGGUGGCGGCGCCGGCAACGUUACUACCGGAGCGAACAUGAACAGAAACGUCACCGACAACGCCAAUAACGUUAACGCCAAUGUUAACGCCAACAUAAACGUCAACCAGCAGAACGGCGGAUCGGAAAAGGCCCCCGUGGUCGGCGGUACCAACGUGGAGACGCUGCCACGCGCCGGAAAACAGAGUGACCCUAGUACUGCAUUUUUACGGGCAGCUCGUGCUGGGCAACUCGAGAAGGUUUUGGAAUACUUGGAGUCCGGAGUAGAUAUCAACGCUUCUAACGCCAAUGGCUUAAACGCUUUGCACCUGGCAGCUAAGGACGGCCACUUGGAAAUCGUGAGAGAACUCCUAAAUCGCGGCGCGAUUGUGGACGCCGCUACCAAAAAGGGAAACACGGGAUUGCACAUAGCUUCUCUUGCUGGACAAGAGGAGGUUGUACAAUUGCUGGUACAACGAGGUGCUUCUGUGAAUGCACAAUCGCAAAAUGGGUUCACGCCGCUGUACAUGGCUGCUCAGGAAAAUCAUGACUCUGUGGUCAAGUACCUCCUCAGCAAGGGUGCAAAUCAAACAUUGGCCACUGAGGACGGUUUUACUCCAUUGGCGGUGGCUAUGCAACAGGGUCACGACAAGGUAGUGGCCGUUCUAUUAGAAAAUGACACCCGUGGUAAAGUUCGACUGCCUGCCCUACACAUUGCCGCUAAGAAAGACGACUGCAAAGCGGCUGCCCUACUUUUACAAAACGACCAUAAUCCCGAUGUAACAUCGAAAAGCGGUUUCACUCCACUUCACAUAGCCGCACAUUAUGGCAACGACCGAAUCGCUUCCUUGCUUUAUGACAGAGGCGCGGAUGUUAAUUUUGCGGCAAAGCACAAUAUCACACCGAUGCACGUGGCGGCGAAAUGGGGUAAGAUUAAAAUGGUUAAUCUCCUCAUGAGCAAGGGAGCAAACAUCGAAGCGAAAACGAGAGAUGGUCUAACUCCUCUGCACUGCGCGGCCAGGUCCGGCCACCACGAAGUAGUUGACAUUCUCAUCGAGAAGGGCGCACCCAUUGGCUCAAAAACGAAGAACGGUCUUGCCCCGUUGCACAUGGCUUCUCAAGGGGAUCACGUUGACGCCGCGAGAAUUUUACUGUAUCACCGUGCACCCGUGGACGAAGUGACGGUGGAUUAUUUGACUGCGCUGCAUGUGGCUGCACACUGCGGCCACGUACGCGUAGCUAAGCUACUUCUUGACAGAAACGCCGAUCCCAAUGCGCGAGCGCUCAACGGAUUCACUCCUCUUCAUAUCGCAUGCAAGAAGAAUCGCAUAAAAGUCGUCGAACUCCUCCUGAAGCACAAAGCGAGCAUCGAAGCUACGACUGAGUCUGGAUUAACUCCACUGCACGUAGCGAGUUUUAUGGGAGGCAUGAAUAUCGUGAUUUACUUAUUACAACACGAAGCUAGCCCCGACAUACCGACAGUGAGAGGCGAAACACCGUUACACUUAGCUGCCAGGGCGAACCAAACUGAUAUUAUUAGGAUACUUCUUAGAAACGGCGCUCAAGUCGAUGCUAGAGCAAGAGAGGAACAGACACCGCUUCACGUCGCUUCCCGCUUGGGUAACGUCGAUAUUGUGAUGUUACUGCUUCAACAUGGUGCGGGCGUAGAUGCUACAACGAAGGAUUUGUAUACACCGCUUCAUAUCGCUGCUAAAGAAGGCCAAGAGGAGGUUGCAUCCGUUUUAUUAGAAAAUAACGCCUCGCUUACCGCAACGACCAAGAAAGGAUUUACUCCCUUGCAUUUAGCGGCCAAGUACGGCAAUAUGAACGUAGCUCGAUUGCUAUUACAAAAGAAUGCGCCUGUUGACGCUCAAGGAAAGAACGGAGUAACGCCUCUUCAUGUAGCCUCUCAUUACGAUCAUCAAAACGUGGCUUUACUUUUACUCGAUAAAGGAGCUUCGCCACAUGCUAUGGCUAAGAAUGGCCAUACUCCAUUGCAUAUCGCUGCACGUAAAAAUCAGAUGGACAUUGCAACUACUUUGCUAGAAUACGGAGCGAAAGCUAACGCAGAGUCGAAGGCUGGUUUCACACCGUUACAUUUGAGCGCACAAGAAGGCCAUACUGAUAUGUCAACCCUUCUUAUCGAGCAUAAAGCAGACACGAAUCACAAAGCGAAGAAUGGCCUUACGCCGCUGCAUUUAUGCGCACAAGAAGAUAAAGUGAACGUCGCUUCCAUUCUUGUGAAGAAUGGUGCUCAGAUCGACGCUAAAACCAAGGCUGGAUAUACGCCAUUGCACGUGGCGUCUCACUUUGGCCAGGCAGCUAUGGUACGGUUUCUCCUGAGAUCUGGUGCUGCCGUUGACAGCAGCACCAAUGCUGGCUAUACUCCUCUCCAUCAAGCCGCGCAGCAAGGGCAUACGCUUGUUAUUAAUUUGCUGUUGGAGAGUAAAGCUAAACCGAACGCAGUAACGAACAACGGACAGACUGCUUUAGAUAUCGCACAAAAGCUUGGCUACAUAAGUGUCAUCGAGACGUUGAAAGUUGUCACAGAGACUAUUAUCACAACAACUCAUACCGUCACUAUUGAAGAGAAAUACCGAGUUCAGGCGCCCGAAUCCAUGCAGGAGACAUUUAUGAGUGACAGCGAAGAGGAGGGCGGUGGUGAUGAAAUCGGCACGGCAGCCAUGAAUGUGUACGGGCAGCCUCCGCACGCGCAACACGUGUACCUUCCUUCUUACUACCAGGGCCAAAUGACCUAUACCCGUGAGGAUCCAAUGCUCAGCGACCAACAGCAAUACCGAUACAUGACUGUUGACGACAUGAAGUCCAUGGGGGAUGACUCGAUGCGCGUGAACGUGACGGACGACGAGAGAGAUAAUCGACAUUCCGGAGCGCCAACCAUAACAGACAUGAUUACGAAAGAACAUUAUCAACGUACAAACGCGGCCAAUCUUAAGCCAGACAAUGUAGACAUCAAUAGGCAUCCUGUGCAUGUCGGCGAGUCUCUAGAGUCCUUAUGCACCUCGCUGGCAGCUCUCGGUAUCGCACCGAAGGGACAAGGAAUGUGGAGGGACAGCUUCCUGGUUUCCUUCUUGGUGGACGCGAGAGGCGGUGCGAUGCGCGGAUGCAGACACAGUGGCGUCCGCGUGAUUGUUCCACCGCGUAAGGCCGCGAUGCCUAUGCGCGUUACGUGUAGAUACCUGAGGAGAGAUAAAUUGACCAACCCACCGCCUUUAAUGGAGGGAGAAGCGUUGGCCAGCCGUAUCCUCGAAUUGGGUCCUGUGGGCGCAAAAUUCUUGGGCCCCGUUAUCAUAGAGGUGCCACAUUUUGCAUCGCUGCGCGGAAAGGAACGGGAAAUAGUGAUUCUACGAUCGGACAACGGAGAGACCUGGCGCGAGCACACCUUGGAAGCCAGCGAGGAGGCUGUCCAGGAUGUGCUUAACGAGAGCUUUGAGGGAGAAGAGCUAAGCCAGCUAGAAGAUCUCCAGACGUCUCGUAUCGUAAGGAUACUCACCGUAGAUUUCCCACAUUAUUUCGCGGUGGUAUCUCGCAUCCGGCAAGAGGUCCACGCGGUUGGUCCUGAAGGCGGUACCGUGUCGUCAUCCGCUGUUCCACAAGUACAAGCUGUCUUCCCGCAAGCGGCUCUUACUAAGAAGAUCAGAGUCGGUCUACAGGCACACCCUAUACCGGCGGAUCUCGUGGCCAAGUUACUUGGAAACAGAGUAGCUGUGUCGCCGAUCGUUACCGUCGAACCGAGACGAAGGAAGUUCCACAAGCCGAUAACUUUAACUAUUCCAGUACCACAGGCGGCCAAUAAGGGCAUGAUCAACCAGUAUUCCGGAGACGCGCCGACUUUGAGACUCCUGUGCAGCAUAACUGGGGGUCAGACUCGGGCAGUCUGGGAGGACGUCACAGGCUCGACGCCGUUGACCUUUGUGAAAGAUUGCGUUUCCUUCACCACCACAGUUUCCGCCCGCUUCUGGUUGAUGGACUGCCGUAACAUUUCCGAGGCCACUAAAAUGGCCACGGAACUCUACACGCACGCGACACAUGUGCCCUUCAUGGCUAAGUUCGUCGUAUUUGCAAAGCGGGUAGAUCCAUUGGAAGCGAGACUACGCGUAUUCUGUAUGACGGACGACAAAGAGGACAAAACUUUGGAGCAUCAGGAACAUUUUACAGAAGUUGCAAAAAGUAGAGACGUCGAGGUUCUUGAAGGAAAAACGCAAUACAUGGAAUUUUCGGGAAAUCUCGUGCCCGUUCUGAAAACGGGUGAACAGCUACAAUUACCGUUCAGAGCAUUCAAGGAAAAUAGAGUCCCGUUCACCGCGAGAAUAAAGGAUCCGGAUGCCGCGGAUAUGAUGGGCCGAAUCAUGUUUAUGAGCGAGCCUAAGGUCCCGAGGGGCGAAUUGCCGCAAACGCCGAUCUGCACGCUGAAUAUUUUAUUGCCGGAAAAGAUAUCUCCGGAUACCGCGGUCUCCGAGCUUGAUUUGUUGGAAUUGUCAAAGAACUACAGUUUCCUACGCGAUGGUGGAAUAAGCAGACCAGAUGCAAUACACAGAGCGACCAUCCGUUUAACAGACAUUGCUAAUCUAUUGGAUAAAGAUUGGGAAUCACUAGCGGAAGAGUUGAAUAUCCCACCCAACGACGUGGCUCUAAUAAAACAAGAAUAUCCCGACAAACCUGCGCAACAGGCUGCUGCUAUGUUCAAAAUUUGGCAAAACAGUGGAAACAAAGCCACAGGAAACACGUUAGAAAAAGCUCUUAAUAAAAUCGGACGAGAAGAUAUAGUGAACAAAUGUAUCUUUAAUGUUGAGUUAGUGACUGACGACGUUGAAAAAGCUGUGGCGAGAGUUAGACUAGAUCAGCCAGGAUUUGAUUCGCUAAAGGAGGAACUGGGGCCGUCGAGAAACACGUCACUUCGCCGUGAUGCAACUAUGGAUCCUAAGAUGGACCCUGAUUACGAGCCUGAUAUGAUGAAGGACUCUGAGUCAAUGGAGGAUCUCAGUAUUACUGGCACACACGAUAAACCCAAAGAGCACAUCACAAUCACAAACGGCACUGUAUUCAACGGAACCUCGACCCCCAUCAAAGACAAAUACGCGAGCGACGAGAAAGAGCUCGGCGACAUGAUGGCUGAUUACCUUGAGCACAAAUGCCACACGGCCGACACGAUGAGCAAAAAGUCGCGCGACGAACUGGACGAUCCGGAGAAAAAACGCCAGAAAGCGAUCGCCGAUGCCAACAAGAUAGUCUCUGGUGUAAUAGCAGACGCAGAGAAAGAGAAGGGGAAGUUAGCGAAGGAAGGGUGGUCGGUGGUUUAUGAUGAUGAUGCGCGGGACAGUAAAGAGGCGCGGGGUGCGAUAGGGCAGACUGUAAUUCAUUUAGAUCAAGCGGCCGCCGAGCCGAAAGGUUUUGUUCCAAAAUCAGAGCAAAUCCCUAGUAUAGAACCGCCAAUGAUUAAGCAGCAUCGCGGUGGGACGCCGGAUCCCAAAGUUAGCACUUCGAAAACAGUAAUUUCCGUUAGUGGCGAUCCGAAAGUAGGUCAGACGACGAUAGUAACUAAGACUACGCUAAUUAAACAGACGCCGACUAAGACUGUGACUACAAAAGAAACAGUAAUCGUUUCUCCCGAUAAAAAAGACAUUGUUAGCGAGAAGGAGAAAUUGUCUGAGGAGGGUAAGGAAGUCGAUGAAAAGUUGACUCAAGGCGCAGUUCCCACGGACGCGGCUGUUACGCGAAAAACGACAAAGACAAAAACUGAUAAAACUAAAGAUAAAGCAGAUAAAGAUAAAGAUAAAGACAAGGAUAAGGAGAAGGAUAAAGAUACGAAGACUGUGAAAACAUCAGCUUAUGAAAACGUUUACAACGUGCAGCAUGCGGCAGACAGCACGGAAGAAAAAUCAGACGAAGAAACGAAGAAAACGAAAGAUAAGAGUGGCGGAAUAUUUUCGGGAAUUUUCAAAGGCUCCAAAUUGAAGAAAGGCAAAAAAGGUUCAAAGGAUACGUCUUUUGACAGUGGUGACGAGGAAUCGAAGGCUGUCCUAACAAAAGUCUCGGAACAGCAGCCCGAACUUCCUUCUAGCGAAAUAACGGACUCGCAUUUUGACAGCAGACUACCGGAAAUCACAACCGCACCCGAUGUAAGAUUAGCUACUGUGAAAUUUUUGGAAGAUUCUAAGCGAAUUGCUGAGGGCAUGCAUGUACCUUAUGAAGGUCUUGCUAAGCCAGCGGAGAAAGAAGAUAAAAAAGCAGAGGCUGCCGAGAGCGAUGAUGACGGUAAAGACAAGACGGGCUUCUUCUCGGGUUUGUUCAAAAGCAAAUCUAAAAAAGACGACGAUGCCGUACCUGCUAUUCACGUUGAAAAACCUAAAGAGUCUGCAGAGCAAAUUGCAAAGAAAGAAAAGAAGAAGUUGGCAGCAAUCGCGAAGGAAAACGAGGAAUUGCUGGAAUUACAAAUGAAGGAAAAGGAGAAAGAGGCCGAAGCAUCUAAGAUUGCCGAAGUACCUAGUGCGAUCGAAAAAGAAACAGAAAAGACUGUGAAGACCGACGCGAAAAUCGUUGAGGAUGUCAAAAGCAAAGCAAAGAUUGCUUUAACGGAUGAGCAGCCUUCCGGCAAGAGUGACGAGAAGGAAGAAGAUCAGGUGAAGGAGAAAGGUGGCUUCUUCGGUAUCUUUAGGAGCCCAAAGUCCAAGGACAAGAAGCUCGCCAAAUCGAAGGAAACGUCCUUUGACAGCGGCGAUGAGGAAAUCAAAGCCGUGACGGAGAAACUCUUGGAUGAUACACGGAAGGUUGCUGAUGUUAGUGUGUUACCGAUCGCGUACAAAAGUGACGGCACUAAAGUCACUCCCAAAGAAGAGGUGCGCACUUUUGUAUCGACAACUCAUUACGAUGUCGAUACUCCCGCGGAUAAAAUAAGUAAAUCUUACGAUGUUGUUCAAACGACGACAAAGAUUGAAAAAAUUAUCCACGAAGAAAUAAACGGAAAAGCGGACGCUGACAAGGAGAAAAUUCAGAAGGAGGAGAAAAAAGAUAUCGAAAAACCUGCUGCAGAAGUAAAAUCUCACACACCAGAACCGAAAGCUCUUGAAACGGAGAAAGAGGCUGGCGACGACAGCAAGGAAAAGAGCGGCGGCUUCUUCGGUAUGUUCAAGAGCCCGAAACUUAAAAGUAAAAAGAGAAGCAGAUCUCGAGAGCAAAGUUCUUCGAAGGAGACCUCUUUUGAUAGCGGAGACGAAGAAGUUCGACUGGCAACGGCGAAACUUCUGGAAGACACAAGGCAGAUGGCGGAGAACCUGCAGGCUGGAGAAAAGAUAUCGGAGAGUGUUAUAAAAACUCCGCCAAUAGACGAGGAGAUAAAGAAAUCUAUUAUUCCCGAGGAUGAAGUUGUCGAAAAAGAUAAGGGAGGCAUUUUCGGAAUAUUCAGAAGUCCCAAGCAAGCGAGGAGCUCCAGAUCUAGAAGCAGAUCUAAGGAAAAGACACCUUCGCUCGAAAUACCGGACAGUGGUCACGAUGAUUUACGAGAAGUAACUGCAACGUUCUUGGAGGAUUCACGGAAUAUGGCGAAUAUCUUGGGCGAAUUGGAUAAAACUUCGACUGAAAUAAAAGAUAAAGAUGAUAAAUUAGCAACAGAGAUAAAGAAAGUUGAACAACAUAUUACAACUGCAGCAGAAGACGUUAGUAAAGCAGUCAAGGAUGGUAAAGACGCAAUUGCCAAGAAAGUAGACGACAAAACACAUGAUGUCGUCGACAGCGCUGAAGCUACAAAGGAUAAGGUGGCUAAGGAAGCAAAGAAGGUGAAAGAGAAAGGGUCGGGAUUUCUAUCGGGAAUAUUCAAAGGAGCGAAGCAUGCCGUAGAUGAAGUGUCCGAUGAUGUUAAAGAAUUUUUGGAUGAAACGAAAAAAGAAGCUGCAUUGGAGGAAGCGCGAACCAAAGAAGCAGCAGUUGCUGGUUUGAAGGAUUUAGAAGAAGCAAAAGAUAAUUUGGUAACAGAUGCGAAAGACAUUACUGAUAAAACUAUUACCGACAUUAAAGACACUAAAGAUAAGACAGUUUCAAUUGUAAAAGAGAAAAAAGAAAAAGUUACGGAAAAGAUUUCGAAAGAUGUGAAAAAGGCAGCGGAUCAUGCAAAAGCAGCUACUGACAAAGCUGUGACAGAUACAAAGAAAGUAGGCGAGAAAAUAGAAACCACUGCGAAGGGUGCUGUGGAAGCAGGUAAAGAAAUUAAAGAAGCAGUCACUACGGAGAUUAAGGGAGAUGCAAAAGUUGUAAAAGAAAAAAUAUCAUCCGGUGCUGAAUCGACUGCGGAUACCGCAGCAUCUACCAAGGAUAAGGCGACUAAAGAGGCAAAGAAAAUUAAAGAAAAAGGAAGCGGUUUCUUUUCUGGCAUAUUCAAAGGUGCGAAACACGCUGUAGAAGAUGCGGCUGACGAUGUUAAAGAUUUUAUGGAUGAGACGAAAAAGGAAGCAGCGUUGGAAGAAGAACGUGCCAAAGAAAAAGUUGCUGCAAGUGUGAGAGAUCUGAAAGACAAAAAAGAUACUCUCGUUACUGAGGUUCAAGAAGCUGCUGCUGAAGCGAAAGAUGCAAAGGAUAAAACAGUCUCUGCAGUAAAAGACAAGAAAGAGAAAGUUGUCGAGGAAGUUUCCAAAGAUGCGCAGAAAGUUGUAGACACCACGAAGGCAGCCGGUGAGAAAAUAACAGCAGAAGCGAAGAAAGUAGGAGAAAAAAUAGGAGAGACGGCAGCAGAGGUUACACAAGAUGCCAAGGGUAUUAAAGAUGCAGUAGUUAAAGAAGUGAAGGAAGAUACAAAAUUAGUGAAAGAAAAAUUAGCAGCAGGCGCUGAUGCAACUGUAGAAGCUGCAGAGAGUGCAAAGGAAAAGGCGACAAAAGAAACGAAGAAAGCUAAAGAAAAAACAACCGGUUUCUUCUCUGGCAUUUUUAAAGGUGCGAAACAUGCCGUAGAAGAUGCCACAGACGAUGUUAAAGAAUUUUUAGAUGAGACAAAGAAAGAAGCUGAAAUGGAAGAAGAACGUGCCAAAGAAAAAAUUGCGACUGAACUUAAAGACUUGAAAGAUAAGAAGGAUACGGUGGUAACGGAAGCAAAGGUCGCUGCAGAUCAAGCAGCAGCUGAUGUGAAAGAUGCAAAGCAUAAAGCAAUUUCUGCUGUUAAAGACAAAAAGGAUAAAAUUGUAGAGGAAAUUUCGAAGGGUGCUGAAAAAAUUGCAGAUCCCUCUAAAGCAGCCGAUGAAAAAGUAGCAACAGAAACAAAGACAAUUAGUACAAAAAUAGAAAAAAUCUCAACAGAUGUUGUUCAGGAUAUUAAGGACACAAAGGAUACAGUGGCCAAGGAAAUGAAAAAAGAUACAAAAUUCGUAAAAGAUAAAUUAGCAGAAAGCGCUGAUGCUGCCGCGGAAGCUGCGGAUAGUGCAAAGGAUAAAGCAACAAAAGAAGCGAAGAAAGCGAAAGAAAAAACAAGUGGUUUCUUCUCGGGCAUCUUUAAAGGUGCAAAACACGCUGCUGAAGAUACAUCUGAUGAUGUCAAAGAAUUUUUGGAUAAGACUCGAAGAGAAGCUUCUUUAGAAAAAGAACGUACUAAGGAAGAAGUUGCUGCAAAUCUUAAAGAUUUAAAAGAUAAGAAAGACGCAGUCAUAACCGAAAUUCAACAAGUCGCAGACACAGCCAUCACUGACAUAAAAGAAGUUAAGGAUAAAACAGUUUCUGCAGUAAAAGAUGAAAAAGAUAAAAUUGUCGAGGAAGUUUCUAAAGAUGCGCAGAAAGUUGCCGAUACAGCAAAAGCAGCUAGCAAGAAACUAGUAGCAGAAACAAAGAAAGAUGGUGAAAAGAUAGAAAAUGUCACCGCAGAUGUAGCGCAAGCUGCCAAGGACACUAAAGAUGCAGCAGUUAAGGAGAUAAAGGAAGAUACAAAAUUAAUGAAAGAAAAAUUAGCAGCAGGUGCUGAUGCUACUACAGAGGCUGCGGAUAGUGCAAAGGAUAAAGCAACGAAACAAGCAAAGAAAGCUAAGGAAAAAACAACUGGUUUUUUCUCCGGUAUUUUUAAAGGUGCGAAGCACGCCGUAGAAGAUGCGGCUGAUGAUGUUAAAGAAUUUAUGGAUGAGACGAAAAAGGAAGCUGCAUUGGAAGAGGAACAUGCCAAAGAAAAGGUUGCUGCAAGUGUGAAAGAUCUGAAAGACAAAAAAGACACUCUCGUUACUGAGGUUCAAGAUGCUGCUGAUAAAGCUGUUGCUGAAGCGAAAGAUGCAAAAGAUAAAACAGUCUCUACAGUAAAAGACAAGAAAGAUAAAAUUGUCGAAGAAGUUUUCAAAGAUGCGCAGAAAGUUGCGGACGCUACGAAGGCAGCUGGUGAAAAAAUAACAGAGGAAACGAAAAAAGUAGAAGAAAAAAUAGAAGAAACCGCAGCAGAUGUUGCACAAGCUGCCAAAGAUACUAAAGAUGCAACAGUUAAAGAAGUAAAGGAAGAUAUAAAAUUAGUGAAAGAAAAAUUAGCAGCAGGCACUGAUGCGGCUGCAAAUGCUGCGGACAGUGCAAAAGAAAAAGCGACGAAGGAAACAAAGAAAGCUAAAGAAAAAACUAGUGGUUUCCUUUCUGGCAUAUUCAAAGGUGCGAAGCAUGCCGUCGACGACGCGGCUGAUGAUGUUAAAGAAUUUAUGGAUGAGACGAAAAAAGAAGCUGCAUUGGAAGAGGAACAUGCCAAAGAAAAGGUUACUGCGAGUGUGAAAGAUCUGAAAGAUAAAAAAGACACUCUCGUUACUGAGGUUCAAGAAGCUGCUGAUAAAGCUGUCGCUAAAGCAAAAGUUGCAAAGGAUAAAACAGUCUCUGCAGCAAAAGACAAAAAGGAUAAAGUUGUCGAGAAAGUUUCCAAAGAUGCGCAGAAAGUUGCGGGUGCCACGAAGACAGCUGGUGAGAAAAUAACAGAGAAAACGAAGAAAGUAGGUGAAAAAAUAGGAGAAACCGCAGCAGAUGUUGCACAAGCUGCCAAAGAUACUAAAGAUGCAGCAGUUAAAGAAGUAAAGGAAGAUACAAAAUUAGUGAAAGAAAAAUUAGCAGCAGGCACUGAUGCGGCUGCAAAAGCUGCGGACAGUGCAAAGGAAAAAGCGACAAAGGAAACAAAGAAGGCUAAAGAAAAAACCAGUGGUUUUCUUUCCGGCAUAUUCAAAGGUGCAAAACAUGCCGCGGAAGAUGCGGCUGAUGAUGUUAAAGAAUUUAUGGAUGAGACGAAAAAGGAAGCUGCGUUGGAAGAAGAACGUGCCAAAGAAAAGGUUGCUGCGAGUGUAAAAGAUCUGAAGGACAAAAAAGACACUGUCGUUACUGAAGUUCAAGAAGCUGCUGAUAAAGCUGUCGCUGAAGCAAAAUAUGCAAAGGAUAAAACAGUCUCUGCAGUAAAAGACAAGAAGGAUAAAGUUGUCGAAAAAGUUGCAGACACCACGAAAACAGCUGGUGAGAAAAUAACAGCUGAAACGAAGAAAAUAGGGGAAAAAGUAGACGAAACUGCAGCAGAUGUUGCACAAGUUGUCAAGGAUACUAAAGAUGUAGCAGUUAAAGAGGUAAAAGAAGAUACAAAAUUAGUGAAAGAAAAAUUAACAGCAGGCACUGAUGCAGCUGCAAAAAUUGCGGACAGUGCAAAGGAAAAAGCGACAAAAGAAACAAAGAAAGCUAAAGAAAAAACUAGUGGUUUCCUUUCUGGCAUAUUUAAAGGUACGAAGCAUGCCGUGGAAGAUACGACUGAUGACGUCAAAGAAUUUUUGGAUGAGACGAAAAGAGAAGUAUCAUUAGAAAAAGAACGUAUUAAGGAAGAAGUUGCCGCAGAUGUGAAAGUUUUGAAAGAUAGGAAGGACGCUGUCGUUGCAGGAAUUCAAGAAACGACAGACAAGGCUAUUACCGAUGCAAAAGAUGCGAAAGAUAAAACAGUAUCUGCAUUUAAAGACAAGAAGGAUACAAUUGUCGCUGAAGUUUCCAAAGAUGCUCAGAAAGCUGCGGACGCCACAAAGGCAGCUGGUGAGAAAAUAACAGCUGAAACGAAGAAAAUAGAGGAAAAAAUAGUCGAAACUGCAGCAGAUGUUGCACAAGUUGCCAAGGAUACUAAAGAUGCAGCAGUUAAAGAGGUAAAAGAAGACACAAAAUUAAUGAAAGAAAAAUUAGCAGCAGACACUGAUGCAGCUGCAAAAGCUGCGGACAGUGCAAAAGAAAAAACGACAAAGGAAACAAAGAAAGUUAAAGAAAAAGCCAGUGGUUUCCUUUCUGGCAUAUUUAAAGGUGCGAAACAUACAGUGGAAGAUGCGGCUGAUGAUGUUAAAGAAUUUAUGGAUGAGACGAAGAAGGAAGCUGUUUUGGAGGAAAAACGUACUAAAGAAAAGAUUGCCGCAGAGCUUAAAGAUUUCAAGGAUAAAAAAGACGUUGUCGUAGCUGAAAUUCAAGAAUCUGUAGACAAAACCGUUUUUGACGCAAAAGACACAAAAGAUAAAACAUUUGCUGCUGUGAAAGACAAGAAAGACAAAAUUGUAGAGAAAGUUUCCAAAGAUGUACAAAAGGUUGCUGACACCACAAAAGCGACCGGUGAAAAACUUGCAACCGAGACGAAGAAAAUCGGUGAGAAAAUAGAAGAAACUGCAGCAGACGUUGCGCAGGAUGUAAAAGAUACUAAGAAUGCAGUAGCCAAGGAAAUGAAAAAAGAUACAAAAUUUGUAAAAGAUAAAUUAGCAGAAAGCGCUGAUGCUGCUACGGAAGCUGCUGACAGUGCAAAAGAUAAAGUUAUGAAAGAAACAAAAAAAGCGAAAGAAAAAACAAGUGGUUUCUUUUCGGGUAUAUUCAAGGGUUCGAAACACGCCGCGGAAGAUGCAGCUGAAGAUGUGAAGGAACAUAUAAGCGACGCGAAAAAGGAUACGGUUGAAGAAUUGGAAGAAUUAAAACGUAAGAAAGAUGAUGUCGUACACAGUGCAAAAGACGUCACGGAUAAAGCUAUUGAGGAUGUGAAGGAUGCCAAGGAUAAAGUAGUAUCUACCGCGAAAGAUACGAAAGAUAAAUUGGUGGAUGAGACUGCCAACGACGACAAAUUUUUGCAAGAUUGCAAAAAAAUAACAUCGGGAGUAAUUGAUGACAUUAAGAAUGUGGCUGAGACUAUGCUUGCGGCUAUAGAAGCUUUAGAAGCAGAAGCAGACGCUAUAGAAGCAGAAGAAAAGUUAAAAAGUUUGGAAAAGUUGGCUAUUUCGGAUUCUUCAGAAGUUACUAAGGACAAAACAACUAAAGAGGGAAAGAAAGUUAAAGAAAAGGCUAGCGGCUUUUUCUCGGGAAUAUUUAGAGGAUCGAAACAUUCCGUGGACAGCACAGUGGAUGAUGUAAAGGAGUUUCUAGAUGAAACGAAAAAGGAAUCAGCAUUAGAGCAAGUAUUGGUCAAGGAAGCAGCAGAAACCGAACUAAAAAAUCUGAAGCAUCAAACGGACCGCAUGGCUGCCGAAGCUAAAGACACGAAGGAUCGUGUUGCUGACGAGAUAGUUGAUCAAGUCGAAAAGACUAUUGAUGCCACUAAAGCAACAGGCGACAAAAUAAUUACAGAUACAAAGCAAAUUACCGGUGAUAUCGCGCAAAGUGUUGCAGAUGCUAAAGAUAGUGUGGUGACAGAAGUGAAAGAAGACGUACAAACAGCGAAAGAGAAAUUAAAAGAGAGCGGUGAUGCUGUAGCAAAAAGUGCUGUGACUACGAAAGAUAAGAUAAUUAAAGAGUCGAAGAAAGCUAAGGAAAAGGGUAGCGGCUUUCUUAGCGGAAUAUUUAAGAGCACAAAGCAUUCAGUAGAAGAAGUAUCUGACGAUAUAAAAGAAUUUGUAGACGAGACGAAAAAGGAAGCUACUCUGGAAAAAGAGCGAACCAAAGAAAAAGUCGUUGCAAGUGUCAAAGAGUUAAAGGAUACAAAAGAUGCUGUUGUUACUGACAUUCAAGACGUUACUGAUAAAGCCAUUACAGACGCAAAAGAUACUAAAGAUAAAACUAUUUUUGCCGUAGAACAUAAGAAGGAUAAAAUUGUAGAUCAAGCUUCAAAAGAUGCUCAGAAAGUUACCGAUACAACAAAAGCAGCCAGUGAGAAACUAGCAGCAGAAACAAAGAAAGUUGGUGAAAAGAUAAAAGAUUCUGCGGCAGAUGUUGCGCAAGCUACCAAGGAUAUUAAAGAUGCAACAGUUAAGGAGAUAAAGGAAGAUACGAAAUUAAUGAAAGAAAAAUUGGCGGCAGGUGCUGAUGCUACUGCAGAGGCUGCGGAUAGUGCAAAGGAAAAAGCGACGAAAGAAGCGAAGAAAGCUAAAGAAAAAACGAGUGGUUUUUUCUCUGGAAUAUUUAAAGGUGCGAAACACGCUGUAGAAGAUGCAGCUGACGACGUAAAGGAAUUUUUGGAUGAGACCAAAAAGGAAGUCGCUUUGGAGGAAGAACGUGUUAAAGAGAAGGUUGAUACAGAACUAAAAGAUUUAAAGGAUAAGAAAGAUGCUGUUACAACCAAAGUUCAAAAUGCUACUGAACAAGCCAUUACUGAUGUGAAAGAUACGACGGAUAAAACAAUUUCUGAUGUCAAAAAGAAAAAGGAUAAAAUUGGGAAAGAAAUUUCGAAAGAUGCUCAAAAAGUAGGAGAAACUGUUACCGAUAUUGCAGAAAGUGUUAAAGAUACUAAGGAUGCAGCAGUUAAAGAAGUAAAAGAAAACACAAAAAAAGGAAAAGAAAAAUUGGUAGCAGGUGCUGAUGCUGCUGCAGAAACUGCAGACAGUGUAAAAGAUAAAACUACGAAAGAAGUGAAAAAAGCUAAGGAAAAAACUAGUGGUUUCUUUUCUGGAAUAUUUAAAGCAGGAAAACAUUCCGUAGAAGAAACAACCGAUGAUGUUAAGGAAUUCUUGGAAGAAACAAAAAGAGAAGCUUCAUUAGAAAAACAACGUACGAAGGAAGAAGUUGCGGCAGGUCUUAACGAUUUGAAAGAUAAGAAAGAUGCUGUUAUUACUGGAAUUCAAGACACCGCAGACAAGGCUAUCAUCGAUGCAAAAGAUGCAAAGGAUAAAACAAUUUCUGUUGUUAAAGAUCAAAAGUACAAAAUUGUCGAGGAAGUUUCUAAAGAUGCGCAGAAAAUUGCCGAAACUACAAAAGCAGCCGGUGAAAAAGUAGCAACAGAAACGAAGAAAAUCGAAGAAAAAGUAGGUGAAACCACGACAGAUGUUGCUCAAGCUGUCAAGGAUGCCAAAGAUGCAGCAGUUGAAGAGGUAAAGGGAGAUACAAAGUUAGUGAAAGAAAAAUUAACAACAGGAGCUGAUGCGGCUGCAGAAGCUGCGGACAGUGCAAAGGAAAAAGCGACGAAAGAAACGAAGAAAGCUAAAGAAAAAACAACUGGUUUCUUCUCGGGUAUCUUUAAAGGUGCGAAACACGCCGUGGAAGAUGCGACUGAUGAUGUUAAAGACUUUUUAGAUGAAACAAAGAAGGAAGCUCAGUUGGAAGAAGAGCGUGCCAAGGAAAAAAUUACAACGGAAUUUAAAGACUUGAAAGACAAAAAGGAUGCAGUAGUAAUAGAUAUAAAAGAUGCUGCACACCAAGCUGCAGCGGACGCGAAACAUGCAAAAGAUAAAGCUGUUUCUGCUGUUAAAGAUCAAAAAGAUAAAGUUAUUGCAGAAGUUUCCAAAGAUGCGCAGAAAGUUGCCGAUACCACGAAAGCAGCCGGUGAAAAAGUAGCAGAAGAAACGAAAAAAAUCGGUGAAAAAAUAGGAGACACCGCGGCAGAUAUUGGACAGGCUGCCAAAGAUGUUAAAGAUACAGCAGUUAAAGAACUGAGAAAAGAUACAAAGAAGGCAAAAGAACAAUUGACAUCAAGUGCUGACACUGCCGCAGAAGCUGUAGAUAAUGUUAAAGAAAAAGCAACGAAAGAAUCUAAGAAAGCUAAGGAAAAAACAGGUAGAUUCUUUUCAGGGAUAUUUAAAGGUGCAAAACAUGCUGUAGAGGACGCAUCUGGCGACGUCAAUGAAUUUUUGGAUGAAACGAAAAGAGAAGCUUCCAUAGAAAAAGAACGUGUUGAAAAAGAAAUUGUCGUUGGUCUUAAAGAUGUAAAGGAUAAGAAAGAUGCAGUCAUAACCGAAGUUCAAAAAGCUGCAGAUAAAGCAGUCACUGACGUAAAAGAAAAGAAGGAUAAAAUUGUCGAAGAAAUUUCCAAAGAUGCUCAAAAAGUUGCUGAUACAACAAAAGCAGCCGAUGAGAAAAUAACAGAGGAAACGAAGAAAGUAGAAGAAAAAAUAGUAGAAACCGCAGCAGAUGUUACACAAGCUGCCAAAGAUAUUAAAGAUGCAGCAGUUAAAGAAGUAAAAGAAGAUACAAAAAAAGUAAAAGAAAAAUUAGCAGCAGGAGCAGAUACGGCUACUGUAGCUGUGGAUAGUGCAAAAGAUAAAGCGUCGAAAGAAGCGAAAAAAGCUAAGGAAAAAACAGGUGGUUUCUUCUCUGGCAUUUUCAAAGGUGCGAAACACGCUGUAGAAGACGCAACAGACGAUGUCAAAGAAUUUCUCGAUGAAACAAAACAUGAAGCAGAAUUGGAAGAAGCUCGUGCUAAAGAAGCAGCAGUUGCUGAAUUGAAAGAAUUGGAACAUAAAAAAGAUGCUGUUGUCAGUGAUGUAAAAGAUACAGCAGAUCGAGCUGCCGCUGAAAUAAAAGAUGUCAAGGAUAAGACUAUCGCCACAGUAAAAAGUACGAAAGAUGCUGUCACUGAAAAAGUCUCGGAAGAUAUUCAGAAAGUUGUUGAUGCAGGUAAAUCUGCUAAAGACAAGAUUACUUCAGAUGUAAAGAAAGCUAGUGAAAAAUUGGAUUCAACAACACAGGACAUUGCACACGAAAUUUCACAUACGAAAGAUGCAGCUGUUAAAGAAGUUAAAGAGGAUGCGAAAAUAGUGAAAGAGAAAAUGACAGCUGGAGUUGAAGCUGUGACUGAAAGUGCUGAGACUGUUAAGGAUAAAGCAGUCAAAGGAGCAAAGAAAACAAAGGAAAAAGGAUCCGGUUUUUUCUCGGGCAUAUUUAAAGGUGCCAAGCAUUCCGUUGAAAGCGCAGCAGACGACGUCAAAGACUUUCUAGAUGAAACAAAACGCGAGGCAGAAAUUGAAGAAGCUCGUGCUAAGGAAGCAGCAGCGGCUGGAUUGAAGGAAUUAGAACAUAAAAAAGAUGCUGUCGUUACUGGCGUCAAAGAUACAACUGAUCGAACUAUUACUGGAAUAAAGGAUGCCAAAGAUAAGACUGUCGCUGCAGCGAAAGAUACGAAAGAUAAAGUCACGGAGAAAGUCUCGGAAGAUAUUCAGAAGGCUGCUGAUGCAAGUAAAGCUGCUAAAGACAAAGUAACAUUAGAAGUGAAGAAAGUUGGUGAGAAAUUGGAUUCAACAGCGCAAGACAUUGCACAAGGAGUUGCAGAUACCAAAGAUGCAGUUGUCAAAGAAGUACAGGAUGAUACGAAAAAGGUGAAAGAGAAAUUGGCAGUAGAAGUUGAUGGAGCUGCGGCUGAUGCGAAACAUGCAAAAGAUAAAAUUGUUGAGAAAGUUUCUAAAGAUGCGCAGAAAGUUGCCGAUACCACGAAAGCAGCCGGUGAGAAAGUAGCAACAGAAACAAAGAAAGUCGUUGAAAAAAUAGAAGACACGGCGACAGAUGUUGCACAGGCUGCCAAAGAUGUUAAAGAUGUAACAGUUAAAGAAGUGGAAAAGGAUUCAAAGAAAAUAAAAGAACAAUUGACAGCAAGUGCUGACACUGUCACGGAAGCUAUCGACAAGACAAAAGAUAAAGCGAAGAAAGCUAAGGAAAAAACAGGUAGAUUUUUUUCCGGGAUAUUUAAAGGUGCGAAACAUGCUGCAGAAGAUGCAACUAGCGACGUGAAGGAAUUUUUGGAUGAAACGAAAAGAGAAGCUUCUAUAGAAAAGGAACGUACUGAGAAAGAAAUGGCUGCUGGUCUCAAAGACUUGAACGAUAAAAAAGACGCUGCCAUCACUGGAGUCCAGGAGGUUAUAGACAAAACUGUCUCUGACGUGAAAGAUGCAAAGGAUAAAACAAUUUCUACCGUAAAAGAUACAAAGGAUAAAAUUACUGACGACAUUUCCAAAGAUGCUCAAAAGGUUACUGAUGCUACAAAAGCAACUGGUGAGAAAGUCGUAAUAGAAACAAAGAAGAUCGAAGAAAAAAUUGAAUCAACCGCAGUAGAAGUUGUACGAGAUAUUAAAGACACUAAGGAUACAGCGGCUAAAGAAGUGAAAGAGGAUGCAAAAUUAGUAAAAGAAAAAUUGUCAGCAGGUGUUGGCGUUGUAGUUCAUGGUACCGAAGUUGCGAAAGAUAAAGCGAUCAAAGGUACGAAGAAAGUUAAAGAAAAGGGAUCCGGUUUUCUGUCAGGAAUAUUUAAAGGUGCCAAGCAUUCCGUUGAAAGUGCAGCAGACGACGUCAAAGACUUUAUAGAUGAAACAAAACGCGAGGCAGAAUUGCAAGAAGCUCAUGCUAAGGAAGCAGCAGCGACUGGAUUGAAAGAAUUAGAACAUAAAAAGGAUGCUCUUGUUUCUGGCGUACAAGAUCCAGCUGAUCGAGCUGUUGCUGAAAUAAAAGAUGCCAAGGAUAAGACCGUCGCUGCAGCGAAAGAUACGAAAGAUAAAGUUACAGAAAAAGUUGCGGAAGAUAUUCAGAAGGCUGCUGAUGCAGGCAAAGCUGCUAAAGAUAAAGUAACAUCAGAAGUAAAGAAAGUUGGUGAGAAAUUGGAUUCAACAGCACAGGAUGUUGCACAAGGAAUUGCAGAUACCAAAGAUGCAGUUGUGAAAGAAAUACACGAUGAUACGAAAAAAGUGAAAGAAAAAUUAGCAGUGGGAGUUGAAACCGUGGCAGAUGGUGCUGAAACAACUAAGGAUAAGGUAACUAAAGAAGCAAAGAAAGCCAAAGAAAAGGGAUCCGGUUUUCUUUCGGGAAUAGUUAAAGGCGCGAAGCAUGCUGUUGGGAGCGCAAGGGACGACGUUAAGGAAUUUCUGGACGAAACAAAGCACGAGGCAAAAUUAGAAGAAGCCCGUGUUAAAGAAAGUGCUGCGGCUGGUUUGAAGAAACUGGAACACAAGAAAGAUGCUGUUGUCGGUAGCACAAAGGAUGUUACAAAAGAAUUAGCAUCUGAUGUCAAGGACGCUAAAGAUAAAAUUUCCGAGUCAGUGGCUCAAGCAGCAGACACCACGAAGACUGUAACUGAUAAGCUAGCAACCGAAACGAAGAAAGUUGGUGAAAAAAUAGAAUCUAAAACCACGGAUAUUGCACACAGUAUAAGGGAUGUAAGUGAAAGACUUGAUGAAGAAAUUAAAGAAGACACAAAGGUGAUGAAGGAUAAAUUACUAACAAGUGCUGAUACUGUCGCUCACGGCGCUAAAACAUCCAAAGAUGAGCUUGCGAAAGAUGCCAAAAAGACGAAGGACAAGGGAUCGGGUUUCCUUUCUGGAGCUAUUCAGAGUGCGAAACAAACGGGAAAAGAAGUUUCCGACGACGUAAAAGACUUUCUGGAAACAACCAAGCAAGAAGCAGCUGCUGAUGAAGCGCUCGUUAAAGAAGCCGCGGCGGCGAAAUUAAAGAAACUCGAACAAGCAAAAGACAAAGCCGCUGGUGGGAUUAAAACUGCUACGGAUAAAGGUGCGAAGGGUGCGAAAGACGCGAAGGAAAAGAGCCUUUCCAGCAUAAAAAGUGCGAGGGACAAAACAAUUUCCACCGUAAAAGCGGCGGGAAGUAAGAUGGGGCAUAGCGUGUCGCAAGCAGGGGAAAAAGUUAAAUCCACUGGUCAAGAUGUGACACAGAAAAUUAAACGUACCAAAGACGCCGUUGUAAGUGAAACGAAGGAAGAUUCGCGAGUAGUUAAAGGAAAACUGGCAACUAGCGCGGGUACAGUUGCCAGUACGUCAGAGACUGUUAAAGACAAGACCGCGAAAGAAGCUAAAAAGGUUAAGCAAAAAGCAGGCGGUUUUAUAUCAGGUGUGGUAAAGACUGCCAAGCACGCGGUAGAAGACGCGACAGACGACAUGAAGGAGUUUUUGGAAGAGACCAAGCAGGAGGCAACCGCUGAGGAAGCUCGCGCUAAGAGCGAUCUUGCUCAAGCGAAAGACAAAUCUGCUAAAUCGACAACUGAUGCGAAGGAUAAAUCUGUCGGUGCUGUCAAAGCCGCGAGAAAAAGUCCCCCGAAAGUGUCAAAAUCACCAGCGGACGCGAAAGGCGCGAGCAAAGCUUCCCCUAUCACUAGGAGAACGGGAAAAGUGACCGAAACACCAGCGACGAGAAAAAACGGUGAUAGAGUAGGAUCGAAACGUACAGGCGAGAGUGCUCAGGAGGUAGUUGUUCGUAGGUCCGAGACAAGCAGGUCGGAGACGUCCGGUGGCGUCGAGCAUUUAACCGAGACAGUUAGCGUUAAGAAAGUAUCUCGCAUUCCACAAAAAAAGAUUAGUCCGGGUAAAGAGGCGGCCGCGGACGAUUCGGACAAUUCGCGUAGAGUAGUAGAGACAGUAGGGCACCCCGAGCCUCGCACACGGCACUCCGUCACCACAAUCGUGACAAAGUCUGUGCGAACGACCCCACCGCCACCCGGUUCACUCGCCGAGUUCACUGACAGUAGAACCGAAGAUGUGACCAAAGAGGCUGCGCGACGGGCACAGAACCUGGCAGACCAGGCGUACACCUCGACGAAAGCAGGGCAUGAUUCGGCUGAGAUUGAUGGGACUGUAGAGAGGCAUGCUACUUCUGCUCCAUCAAAACAACCUGUUCCCGCCCCGCGUUACUCCACCACCAAGCCGUCUACCAAACCCGAGUUCCAUCUGGAGCUCAGUGAUGCCUUACGAACACGUAAAACGGCCGAGCAGCCGCCCAAGUCGACGCAGGAGGCGCAGUCACCGAGCAAGAGCAGUUCAAAGAUACCCGUUAAAAUCGACCCUCACGCUAAAUCGAGCGACGAUCCCGAAUCCGUCCCAUUAGAAUCGGAAGACUGUAUCAUCGGUCCACGAGCAGUUUCGCGAACCAUCAAAUACGUUACUAGAGAAUACACAGACGGGGAAUUGACCAAAGAGACUGUGGAAGAGAAGAAAAGAAUAUCGUCAAGCGAUGCGAUGCAGACAGUCAAAGCGGGCGACCUGACCGAGACGACCAGCAGAUCGGAGAUGAUUCCAUCGGUAGAGCAGAUACGACGAAUAACAACUACAGAAACCAGCGAUUCAUCGAUUGAUCCUGCGAAACUGGAGGAACUUUUGAAGACGGGGGAUAUCAUCGAGACGGUGAGGACUAGGACUUUGACGUCGGAGGAUGAUGCUUUGCAACCCAUAACGCGCGAGGAGGUCAAGAGGAUAAAUCAGGUCACUAACACGCUGCCGAGCGAGAUCUUUGAUUUCGGCAACAAGUUUCCGGACUCCUCUACUACGAUAAAGACCGACAGAUCGGAGUCUGACGGUGUCGUGCAGACGGUCACGACUGUGCAACACAUGACGACAGAGAUGCCGGACAGAACCGAGAGGGUAGUGAGAACGGUGAUCUCUAGUAGUGGUGGCGGCGACUACGGGAACACGGAGUCCGUUCUGAAAAGCCUUCAAGAACAAUUAACGAAAUCCGAGAUCGGGGAGACCGCCUCUUGGACAGCGGCGAACGAACAGUGGGAGAUGCAGUAUUCCCAAGACACGUCGCCCGGUUCCGGAAACGGCGGUGGCGUUGACACGUUCGCCAGCAACAACAACAAUAACAACAACAAUAACAACAAUAAGAACGAUGGUAGUUCGAGGCACGAUAUGCACAGCGACACCGAUAGUGACGGUUCGCCGCAACCUAGAAGAAGAUCCCCGAGCAAGAGGCGUACGUUGGGCAGUUCCAGCGGGUCGGAUGUAGCACUGCACGAAGGUGCGGAGCUGUCCCCGUUGGAGGACGACCAAGAAUCUGACUUUUUGCAACAUAGCGAGCCAUCCUUUGUGGAAACGACAACGAUCGAGGUGGAUCCUGUCACUCAGGAAAGUAUAACGACGACCACGCGAACGGAAUCGAGGACGAUAUCGUCCGCGGGAGCCGGUGGUACGGACGAUUUGCGAGAAUCGAUGCAGAAGAUCAUGGACACGUUUAUGACGGAGGAGAGGAAGGAUCAUUAGAAGUAAAGGUGCGCGUUUCACCCUUGCGAACUUGCGAUGAGAAGAGAAAAAGAAAUCGCCGUCGAUUCUCGACGCCGAUCCCCUCGUCGAUCUUUGGAUCUUUCACCUUUGGAGGGAAGCACCUCGAUGGAUCUCGGACUCGACUCGGCGCGUCCUCGGGCGUUGAGCGAUGAGUUUACCAUCACGAUAGGAUCGGGAGCACAUGAAGACGCUUGCUCUCUCGGGGUGCUACCUUCCACACAAAAACAUGCACGAUGAUUUACUAUCACGCUCAUGGCCUACGCUUCGAAUUUGCUUGCCUUUCCGUUCCGCUCGGUUGCCUUACCUCUUUACGUUCGUCGGAAUCUCGCGAUCGAUGAUAAUGAUAUUGAUGAUGAAAUGCGUAUGUCGUUGCUAGUCCGAUUAGCCGAUUCGCGCUAGUCUUCACUAUGCCAACCCGUCCAUGUAUGUGCAACGCCUUUCUCGUGUUGUCUAAAGCUAUAAUGCGAAAUGGAAAGGAAAGAAAGUAACAGGUGUGAUGACGAUGGGGAAUGUCGGAAAGAGAGAAAUACGAAAAAGGCGGGAACGCGACAAGAUGAGAUCGAACGAGCGAUCUGCCGAUAUCAGCGAUCGUCUAGAUUAAUAGAUAAGAUUCUCGCGAGAAUAGCCCGUUUAUAAGCUUUAGGAUGGUUAUGCAUCUCUAUCCGCGCAAUAUAUCGCUUAAUAGAUCGGCAAUACAUAUAUAUUCUUCAUUAACACUUUCGGCGGUGGACAAUUGACGAAGUUUCUGAAAAAACGGGAAUAAGGGAAUUUCUUGUUGUUACUCGAUUCAAAUCGCGAGUUCAGGCACAAUAAAAAAGAA